AUGCAGAUCAUUCAGCUCAUCAUUUGCAAGUUCAACUCGACCGGCCAGAGCAAAUGUGAAGCGCUGAAGUUCGUCUCUGCACAGAAUCAUUCUCUUUGUCAAUUGGGUCUUGCAAAAACUCUAUUCAACGGAUUGUCGUUGUACCAUGUACACAUUCGUAUUGUCAACACAUCGUCACUCCCUUCUGGUUUGAGCUGCAUUCUGAUAGGCGCUCAAGUCACAGGGUUUCACCUCUCGAUGCCCCUAGCGGGACUCGAACCCGGGUUGUGGCUGUGCGGCAAACGAUCACGAAUUGGCCACAAAACCUUUCUCUUCAUGUGUAUGAAUCACACAGUGUACGCUUCUACCGGACAGCUGUACUACCACAACCCGGACUCGAGUCCCGCCGAGGCUGGCAACGGGGCCAUUAAUACCGUCAAAGUCGAAGCAGCAGUCCCCUUCAACUUGGAUGGGAUAGACCAAGGUCGAAGGUCCGCUGCCACGGUGGAAACGUUCGUCUACCAUCUCAUACACUUCAUGAAGAGCACAGUUCAAGAUCUACCGUUGGCGUCGGGAUCUGUCCAUGCCGGAGCAUGUUCAAGUAUCUACUACAACAUUGAUCUGGCGCUGGGCAAAUGUACCAUGUUCCCACUGUCCAAAUUCUCCCUCGAGGACUCGAAGAGGUCGGGCUCCUUCGUGAAGAUGCUCGAUUCGCCGUACCUCUUCAGCAUGGACCACUACUUUCUGGCCGAUCUGGGCGAGGUGAGCCGUCCCCGGUCACGUGGCGUCGAUUAA